AACUUCAGAUUAACAAUUUCUAGGUAUAAGAAAAUGGAAGCAUGCAUAACUCCUUCGCCUGAAGUAAAAAGUGUUGCUGAAGUGGCUGGUGGAGAGUUGAAGAAGUUUCCAGCUAGGCUCUUUGCCGUGCCUCCCCGAGUUGAAAAGUUGAUGGUCCCAGGAGUGACAGUUGAAUCUUAUGAGGAGGAUAAUAAACUAUGGAAAAAACAUGUUAGUGUGUACAAGAAGAUCAACAGCUUACUGGGCACCACAAGAUAUCGAAACAUAAUGGAUAUGAAUGCAGGCCUUGGAGGUUUUGCUGCAAAUUUGGAAUCACCAAAACUAUGGGUAAUGAAUGUUGUGCCCACUAUAGCUCAGAACACUCUGGGCAUCAUAUAUGAGAGAGGUCUGAUCGGCAUGUAUCAUGACUGGUGUGAAGGCUUCUCUACUUACCCAAGGACAUAUGACCUCCUUCAUGCUAGUGGCUUAUUCAGCUUGUACCAGGAUAAGUGUGAAUUUGAAGAAAUCCUCUUGGAAAUGGAUCGUAUUUUGCGGCCUGAAGGGACUGUGAUCAUCCGUGAUGGAGUCGAUGCCUUGAAUGAGGUGAGAAAAAUUGCUGGAGGAAUGAGAUGGGAUAUAAAAUUGGUCGAUCAUGAAGAUGGACCACUUGUGCCCGAAAAGAUAUUCGUUGCAGUCAAACAAUACUGGGUUGGCAGCGCAGGAAAUAGCACAACAGACGAUGCAUAAACCAUGUAGAUUGUUGGAUAUACAAGGCAAGCUAACAGUUGCUGCAAAGCAGAAACUAUACAGCUACACUUGGAGAUUUCUAAUAUCUUAAAACUCUUUUAAAUACUGGAUUCCAUAGAUUGCAGAUUUACUUGUGCAACUUUCAUUAUAGAGCAUUUUUGGCUGAAUGUUCUGGUCUGUCUUGGAGGGCCGGCUGAGCGAAUGCCAUAGCCCUUCAAAAAGUGGAGCAAGAACUGCUCAGUAAAACUGUGAUAUCUACUUGCUUUAGCUUAAUUAGCUAGAGCAACAUUUAGUGAUUAGUGACUAGCUUCAUUUGAACAAUUAUUAAACUCGCUCCGGUCAUAUUUCCUGCCUUCCUUUUUUUCAUAAACUGUGAAUUAUUGC